CAUGCAGCACCCCCACCGUCCACUAGGGGGACACCGGAAAUGUCCGACUCGUUAUAUCAGUUCCUUUAAGGAUGUCGAAGUUUUGUAGUUCCUUGGUUGUUGACCUGUCAGCGUUGUAGUACAAUCUUUUACUGCUUGUACUUUGUCUUUCCUUCUCGUAGUUGCGUUUCCGGCCAGCAAAACAACAAGCCCGGGUGCGUGGGACUCACAGGAUCGUUCGUAUUAACCGUCCCUGCUGGUGUCAGCUCACCAGCGAGCUAACGGCUAAAGCUAGCUAACAAGCCGACUAGCGUCACAGCUAGCUUUACAGCUAGCAUUCGGCAGUAGCAGCGCAAGCUAGCUUUUUUUUUUUUUUUUUUUGCCUGCUGGAAGUACGACACGUUAGGAAGCCGCCCACUCCUGCAGAGCAGCAUACAGGACUCAAGAGCGAACAAUGGAGGCCCAAAGUUCAAGCGGGCUGCUGCUUUCCAGAAAAAGGAAAAGAGAGGGCUCCAAUCGGGAGACCGAGGAGGGAGAGAGGCUUGGGAAAAUCCCCCGGUGUACUGUGGGAUUGAAGCACCCUGCACCUUUCGCAGAUGAGCUGGUGCCAGUUGAUGGAAAAGCCUAUGAGCGAGUCAGCAUGGAGGAGGCUAAGAGGGGAACAAAGCCUGAAAGACCGGUGCGGGUGUAUGCAGACGGCAUCUUUGACGUUUUCCACUCAGGUCACGCCAGAGCACUCAUGCAGGCUAAAUGCCUCUUCCCAAAUACACACCUCAUCGUAGGAGUGUGCAGUGAUGACCUGACCCACAAAUACAAGGGCUUCACAGUGAUGAAUGAGGAUGAGCGAUACGACGCCAUCAGACAUUGCCGCUACGUUGAUGAAGUGGUGCGAAACGCUCCCUGGACGUUAUCGCCAGAGUUCCUGGCAAGACAUCGCAUUGACUUUGUGGCCCAUGACGACAUCCCAUACUCCUCAGCAGGAAGUGAUGACGUGUACAAGCACAUCAAGGAAGCUGGAAUGUUCGCUCCCACCCAGCGGACAGAGGGCAUCUCCACCUCUGACAUCAUCACACGCAUAGUCCGCGACUACGACGUGUACGUCAGACGCAACCUGCAGAGAGGAUACACAGCCAAGGAGCUCAACGUCAGCUUCAUUAAUGAGAAGAAGUACCACCUGCAGGAGCGCGUGGACAAGGUGAAGAGGAAGGUACGCGACGUGGAGGAGAAGAGCAAAGAGUUCGUCCAGAAGGUGGAGGAGAAGAGCAUCGACCUCAUCCAGAAGUGGGAGGAGAAAUCCAGGGAGUUCAUUGGCAACUUCCUGCAGAUGUUUGGCCCGGAGGGAGCUCUGAAGCACAUGCUGAAGGAAGGGAAGGGCCGCAUGCUUCAGGCCAUCAGCCCAAGGCAGAGCCCCAACAGCAGCCCCACCCGCGAGGAGCGCUCCCCCUCUCCCACCUUCCGUCUCCCCUUCUUCACCAAGACCUCCCCGCCUCCCUCGCCUCCACCCCACCACAGCGGGGCCCGCGGGUACCUCAUCAGCGAGGACGACGACGAGGACGACGAGAACUAGAGCGCGUCUGACUCCUUCACUGUUGCUGGGCCACAGUCAGACGCUGCUAGAUAACUGAGCUGUCGAGUAACGCGGAUUUCAUCGAGCUCCUGCUUCCAUUUUUUUCUCUUUCAGAUUUUACUUUUUUUUUAGCAAUUCAGUGUCACGUUAACUUUAACAAGACGGUUUCUACACAGUAUAUGAUUUUAACAACAGAUUCUUUUCCUCUUUUUUGUUUUUGUGUAAUGGUCAGUAAAAGUUGCCACUAGUCACCUGAGUUCUUUGAAACUAGUCUCAUUUAUCUCAGUCACUUUCGAUGUUGAGUUUAUUAGUCACUCACUGUCACUUAGGAAUACUGUUACUUAGGAAUAGGGGUUACACUCAGUGCACUGCUCAGUCUAUGACGGUAUUCUUAAGGUCGGCGUUGUAGUGAGGUAGGGGUUCUUGUUUUUGUCAUGGCUUUAGCGGGAGGGCGCGCAGGUCUUUGGGCACUUGCUGGAAAAAACCCAUCUGGUGUGGGAGAGGUGAGCUGAGACGACAUGGAGACGCUGUUAAAUAUCUCUGGGGGAAGUUUUUCAGAGCAGGUCUGAAAAACUGGACAUUUAAAUAGUCUGCUCAUGUGGGACAUAUUCUGCUCAUGCUAACAAGAGACACCCCUGUCUUUUUUUUUUUUUAUUAACAAAGAAAUUCCAGAUUACGUCAAAUCUGAGCCGAUCCUGAGAGUCGAGUGUUGUACGUCUUCUAUACAGCAGCUUUUUCCCCCCAAUUCUGUCCGCUUGCUUGGAGCUAUGCGUGUUUGUGCAUGGGAUGUUUUUGCUUGCAAGCUCUUAACGUCAGCAUGUUCAAAACAUCUUCAGUCAACCAUCUGUUGACACAUUCAGCUUUGACUUUUAGUAAUAAAUUUCAUUUUUAACGGUUUUCUCUGCUGACAAGAAUCAGUCUUUGGAAGACUAGUUAUAACUGGACGACUUUCUUGUGGCGUAAAUAUAAAGUUCUGCAAUGAUGACCCAUUUCAAAUGUUGAUGUAGUACUACUUAUUUUUGUAGAUUUCAUCUUAACUUUCACCCUGUGUACAGGUAAUGAUCUUAAUCAUCUUUGUUUAGAGGCACUUUUUACAGUUUGAGCAAUGAAUCAACACAUAUAUCUAUAUAAAGAUAUAUAGAUAUAUGUCACCUUGGCCUAAUUUUCAUCUGAUACACAAGUGAAAACUUUAGAAAGUAAAAAGUUUUCAUACAUCAAAGCAGACCUGAGAACGGUCUUAUUGCCAUACUUCUCAUAAUAAAUUACAUCUUCUGGUUAGUUGGAGUCAUAAGAACACUUUUCCUCAUAAGUAGCACACAUGCAUUGUAAGAUAUACAAGGCCACCUCAAACAUUUGGGGCUUUGGAGUGUUUUCCAAAUCUUGCAACAAUCUGCAGGACUUAUAAGUAAACUGAGUCACUACAUACAGCCUGCAUCAGUUUAAAGAUGUAUUCUGGCAGACUGGACUGUGUCACAUAGUGGUGUGAGGGGUUUAGAUUUAGUUAUCAGUGAAAAUGUAUCGGAUCAACUUUUAUGUAGCUACCUCCUUCUUCUUCCCUGAACUGAUUCUGUUUCCUGAGAUGAGCACAAAGUAUGAGCACUAUUUUUUUCAUUUCUGAACCAUUGUUGCAGCACUCAAGCAAUGUGAUUGGGUCAAAAAAGGAUUUUCUGGGCUCUGUGUGUGUGUGUGUGUGUGUGUGCGUGUGUGUGUGUCCUGCAUCUCCAGUGAUUAAUGCAUGUGUUGUGUCUCCUAUGUUACCGGAAAAUGAAACCUCACAGGUGAUCUGAAGAUGUAAUGCAAUACUGUCGAUACUGUUGUGAUGACUCUAAUAUAAAUGUUGACAGAUGUCCGAUUGAUCCGUUCUAGGCUUGGUUUCCCAAAAGAACUCAUGGCUUAAAUCAAUUUCUGCUGCAGGGACAAAGACUGCUUCUAUUCCUGUGGGUGUAAAUCAGAUUUUAAGAUUGUGAAAUAACCCAAAGGUUUCCACACAGCUAUAAAUUCCUACUUCUGGUAUUAAACGUUCACAAAUCCAGCAGUGGUUUCUGUGCUAAGCAACUUUUGGGAACCCUCGUCUUGAUUCUUGUGGAAUCUGUUCCUUCAAAUCAGUGUGAACGUCUCAGUAAGAGCAUGUACACGAGUUCAAAGUGGCAAAGACUUGAGUGGUAAGCCAUUAACAGCCACUACUGCUAGAUGUAAAUGUUUUUAACAGCGUUUUAAUCAUGUAUUAUUUUACUGUUUGGGGUUUGUUUUGUUUAAUGUCCUGGAUGUAGAGGAAGGGCAAGACAUGAAAAAUGUAUUAAAACAAGUUGGCCAAAGCACUUCUUGACCAAUUAUUUUGUCUCUUGUGGU